CUUCAGACCCGCUCCAGGCAACACCAUGUAUCGUACCGCGAUGCCUCUGAGCGCGUUCCUAAUCGUGUGCGGGCUAGCCACGGUGCACUGCUGGGGUGGACUCUUCAACCGCUUCAGCUCUGACAUGUUGGCUAACUUGGGGUACGGGCGCGGGCCGUACCGCCACUACGCCUAUGGCCAGGACGUACCCCCAGAGGAGGCCUACGCCGAGGCCCUGGAGGGCAACCGCAUUGACGACGUGCUGGACGAGCCUGCUCACUGCUACAGCGCGCCGUGCUCGACCAACGGCGAGUGCUGCCGAGGCCUCAUGUGCCUCGAGACAGAGGACGGAGGGCGCUGCCUCCCCGCAUUCGCCGGUCGCAAGCUCGGUGAGAUCUGCAAUCGCGAAAACCAGUGCGAGGCGGGGCUAGUGUGCGAGGAGGUCGUCCCAGGAGAAAUGCACGUCUGCCGUCCACCAACUUCGGGCCGCAAGCAAUACAAUGAGGACUGUAAUGCGUCAAGCGAGUGCGACAUCACACGGGGACUGUGCUGCGUCAUGCAACGGCGACACCGUCAGAAGGCGCGCAAGAGCUGCGGUUAUUUCAAAGAGCCCCUGGUCUGCAUCGGACCCGUAGCCACAGACCAGAUCCGCGAGUUCGUGCAGCACACUGCCGGUGAAAAGCGCAUCGGCGUCUACAGACUGCAUUAAACGCCUCAGUCUCGUGGAGUACGCAGCCAAUCCAAAUUGAUACUUACAGCUCGGUGAUAACGUUUAAUUUGCUGUCAUCCAUGUAAGCGGGGUGCGUCACGCAACUCACCCGUUGCGUACUCGUACACCCAUCGCGCAUAGCACCCAUUGCGUGCUCGUUGCGUACGGUUAACGUUAAGAUACUCUGUUGAACUGUAUUUAUGAUAACUUGUGUAUUAAAUAUGUGUUAAUUAUAUAAAUUAUGUCAG